AAUCUUGUUCGAUAUGACGGGGUUUUCGGUCUCGAAUAUGGUGAGUUCAUUCUUCCGCAUGCACAGAUGGAAGGUGGGAAUAUACUGAAGGGAGGAUAGGAGUAUGCGCCCGUGAGAUUCGUCAUCGAUUGCUUUCAGGAGAAUUAUCCCGAGUAUCUGGGGACGAUGCUGAUCCACAACGCCCCGUGGAUCUUUUCGGGCAUCUGGAAAAUCGUCAAAUCCUGGAUGGACCCCGUCAUCGUCUCCAAGGUGCACUUCACCAAGACCGUCGCCGACCUGGAGCAGUUCAUCGCCCCGGACAAGAUCCUCAAGGAGAUCGGUGGCCCUGAGGGCUGGGACUACGAGUUUGUGGAGCCCGUGGCCGGCGAGAAUGAGCGCAUGACUGAGACGGCCACGCGCGACCGGCUGCUGGCCGAGCGCGAGGAGCUGGCCUCCAAAUUCCUGGAGUUGACGAAGGAGUGGCUGGCGGCGGCCCAGCCGGAGAGUGUGGCGGUGCAGCGGACGGAGGCGAUCGCGGCCUGGCGCAAGCAGUACUGGGCGUUGGAUCCGUUUGUUAGAGGACGGACGUGUCUUGAUCGUACGGGGGUGAUUCAGGAGGGGGGCAAGAUAGACUUUUACCCCGGGAUGGAUCAUGUCUAAGUUUUACCGGGGCUUAGAUGUGGCAUUACUGUUGUGCAUCUGAUGAGAUUACCGCAAGUGAGCUGCUUAAUGGCAGGCUAAAGUAAGUGGUAGGUAGUAAUUAGGCUGCGUUGUGCAACUGGGACGUUCCUUGGAUAGGAGGCCGGGUGACAUCGGCACGAUGAUUCUUUCCAUGGUUCUAGGGUUUAGAUUGUCAGUUC